UCAAUUCAACGGCAAAGGACACAGCCUCUUUUUUUCUUCUUUUUAAAACUAAAACAAGCGAGCUUUCUUUCAUGGCUACUGAAGAGGAAACGAUAGAACAAGCAGCUGCGUCACGCCGAGAGAGGCUUAAAGCUCUUAAGGCAGCUCAGGAACUGUUGAAUGCCCCAGAUGAAGAUUCUGUUCAACCUGCUGAGGACAAAACAGAUGAAACUAACGAAGAAAAUAAUCCCAGCAUGAAAUUUCGAAAUUAUGUACCUCAUGAUAAACAGCUUCAGGAGGGUAAGGUUGCUCCCCCAGUGCUGCCAAAAUUCGAAGAUCCUGUUGCAGCAGCACCUCCACCAUCAGAAGACCAAGAGGAUCCAUUUGUCAACAUUGCUCCCAAGAAACCAAACUGGGAUCUGCGAAGGGAUGUGCAGAAGAAGCUUGAUAAGCUUGAAAGACGCACACAGAAGUCACUAUACAAACUUAUGGAGCAACAAGAACAACAAAAACAGUUGGAUGAAGGAGGAAAUGCCAUUGAAGAUUAGACAGACUUGUUGAACCACUCUGAUCAUUAACUGACUAAAAAUGGCUGUCGCUGGAAGCAGCCCCAUGAAACAGUUGUGGGGAUACAAUAUGUUAUUCAACAGUUUAAACAUUCUGAGAUUGAAAUAUGAUUCUGUUAAGAUGCUACAUUUAUAACCUAGUUGCAUGAUUCUAUGUUGCCAAAUCUCUUGCGUUCACCAGAAUUUCUGAAAUGUCAUCGGAAUUCAACCUCCAGUUGGUGUUUGAGUUACCUUUUCAAUUAUUACAAUUGCCAAAAUCUGUCUCUGCUGUGUCGAGUGUUCUAUCUUAUAGUAAAAUUAACAGCUUGUUUCAUGCAUUAAUGAUGACCCCAGUCUACAGUAGAAUAUAGAUUUGCAUUCCUCGGCAGUUAAAACUCCAAUGUACCCAUCAAAGAUUUGUUUCCUUUUUUCUUUCAAAUGCUUCUUUAUUCCUUCCAUUGACAAAUGGGAAAAGAAUUGUACGGAUUAACUGUGUAUGAAACCAUUGAUCUUUCAUAGGAUAGUGGUUUUCUAGUAAAAGACUAA